AUGUUAGAUGGUAGUUUGGAAUUGAAUGAUUUAUAUUUGUUAGAUUUAAUAUCAGCAGAUGAUAUUGGAUAAUUAAAUAUUGUAUUUGGGAAAAUAGAAUGUAAAUCUAAAUAACCAAAAGCUAGGCUAUAUAUUAUCUAGAAAGUGUUUGUACAAAAGGUAUUGUAAAUAGAAUUGUUUAAAUAUUUAGAAAGUGUUCAAAAGAUUAGCUAUUAUUGAAUAAUUUAUAGUGAUUGAGAAGACGUGA